UAUUAAUUGAUAUAAGUUACUGAAUAUGACAUUUAUCGAAAAUAUAUUGUAAAGUUAUGGAAAGUAAUAAGUUGGGUGUUAUCUAAAUAAGAGGUAUAAUGGCAAGAAUGGUUGUAACAAAUCUGCUUUUGCUGAUUGCCUUGGUAACAAUUGUCCAUAGCUUCCCUCGUACUACAUCAAACGGUCGGAGUCCACUGGAUUCUGUUGAUGUUGUUGUCGAGGAUGAUACAAUUGAGGAAAGGCUGCAAGGUGGAAAUAAGGCAGUAACCGAGUUAUUCAUGGAGAAAAACUACCAUACAGAGAAAUCGCUCCGGUCAGAUUUGCUUUCCACGUGGAUUUCAAAAGGACACUUACGUGACUCUCAUCCCUUACAUAGACAAAGAAGACAAAUAAGUUCUACUCGACUGAAACGUCUUUUAGCAACAAAAAAAGGGAAAAAAUGGGCUAAAAAGCUAUCGAAAAGGAAAAAUCUUCCCAUAAUGUUAGCACUUAUAAAAAGGAGAAAGAAAUUACGUGAAAGAAAACUAAAGGAAGCUGAAAGGUCAAAAGAGAAUAAAGUCAACGAGACAAAAAUAGCAAGUGUCGUGCCUGUUUCGUCAGAAAAAGAGAAUACUAAGAAUACUCCAGGCUCAAAUAAUGAAAUAAAUCUCACAGUUCAAGUUGAUUUGCACAAUCCCAAUGAACAGAAUGAAAGCAUCCCUAAUGGAAAUGAUAACGGUAUAUCUGUUCCAUCUCUACAAGGAAUGCAUAGAAGUUAUCCAUUUGCCUCUCCAAGAGUUCAAGUUCCGCAAGGUCCAAACAAUGUUUUUGGAGUUUCACCACAAAUGAAUAGUCCAUAUCAGAGAGGCAUAGUGCCAGACAUCUACAGAGGUCCGAAUAGCGAAUAUCAAAGAAGUUAUCCGGGAUUGACGGGCAUGCUGUCAGGUCAAAAGGUCAUGCAGAACAGGGCUUUUCUAGGCCCGUCUUUCUCCGACCCGAGAUUUAAUUCAGUUCCUCGUGACAAAUAUUACCAGAAUGGACCACAAACAUUAGAUAAUCAGCGUGCAUCUUAUCCAGAAGAAAAUAUAUUGUCGGAAAACAUCCCUAACACUCAAAAGACCAUUGAGAACAACAGCUUCCGUGCGCGUAGUAAUGAAAAAUUAUCAGAUAAUUUUUUAUCUCCCUCUAACAAUUUUCCUGUCGGGAGUCAACGUAACAAGGUAAAUGCGGACGCUUCUUCUAACCGAGUGGACCUUCAGACAGAAAAAAGUGUGAACAGUGCAACCGAGAUUAAAGACACGACCGACGAGAACAACGGAAAGAACGAAUUGGUGAACUUGUUAAAAGAUAUCAAAUCUUUAGUGAAUAAUAUAAAGCCACAAUCGGUAAAUGAUGCCGAUACACAAUUGGCUAGCGAUACAUUAUUGGCUAAAAAGAAUAUAAACGAGAAUAUGGAUACGCAAAUAUCAAAGACAAAAUCAGUCUCUAAUGACUCCACUGACAUAGAAGACAAUGAAGUAGUUUCUUCACCAAAAGAAAUUAUUCAUGGGAAAGAGACAGAAGCACGGCUAGAAAACAAUAAGAUAUCUUCGCCUAGAGUACGAAACCUAUCACAACAACAUAAGCAAAGAGGUGACAGUGGAAAAGGCAACUUGCUGAAAAAUAAAAGCCAAAAAUCUUAUCUUGACAGGGAAAGUGAUAAAGAAAAGAAGUCAUUAUUAACAACUGGUUGGAAGGAAGCUGAGUCCAUUAAAAACAUCAAGGGAGAAUUAAGACAAGAAAAGAAAUUAGUCGAAGCUUCCGAAUUAGCGGCUGAAAAUCCAAGUAUUUCAAGUAAAGUUAUCAAAGACCCCGAUGCCAUGUAUAAAGAAAAACUUUCAAGUCUUACAAGUGAUGAUUUUAUCGAAAUAUUACAAAAUCUGAAAUUGAUAUCCAAGAGAGAAAAGAAACUAAUUCGUAGAGUUUCAGCAAAAUGGAAAAAGAACAACAAUAUACAAAUGGUAUUUAAAGAGCUUAUGCGGCGACGGUACUUCAGAAAUGCUGUCAAUAGCCUGGUAGAAGAGGCGGGUAUGUCUAACACGAAUGAACAUUCUAAUCAAAACCUGAUCAUCGCACUGCUUAAAGCGGAAGAUCAGCAAUCGAAAAAUUACGAUAAUGAAAAUGCAUCAGACAGAGCAAAAACAAAGAUAAAUGUAAAUUCUAUUCCAAUUAUCGGCAUCUUUCCUGAGCCUAAAAAUCAACCCAACAAUAUUGUCCCUGGUGGUAAAAGUAAUCCGGAUAGUAUUUCCUUUGACGGCGUGAACCAGCCUGACAAUAUCGUCCCUGAUCAGGAAAAUGUGAAUAAACAUCAGCCCGACAACAUAUUGGCUGGCCUAGGAAAUCAGUCUGACAACAAGUUGACAAACGAUGAAUAUAAGCCCAAGAACACAUUCGUAAAUAAAGAACACCUACAGGAAAACAUAUUCUCUGAAGACGAAAAUCAACUGGACAGUACAUCCUCUGAGCGCAAGAAUCAGCUCAACAGCAUCUUUUCUAACAAAGAAUACGAGCCAAUUAAUGUUUUCCCUGACCAAGGAAUUCAGGCUGACAGCUCUGGGAGCGUUGGUAUGAACGACAACACCUCCGAUCAAGAACAUGCACUCGGCAACAUGAUUUCUGAUAACGAACAUCAAGACGAAAACAUGUUCUCUGAUCAAGAAAAUCAGUUUGACAGCACCAACUUUGACAGCGACAGUCUGAGGGGCAACACCAUAUCUAAUCACGUUCAUCAACACGACAACUUGUUCUCUGACCACGAACAUUAGUCCGCCUGAGAAGGCAUUCUCUUUUUGUUUGAAAUAAUCUGGACUGAGCAAAUCAUUCAGAAGGUUUCAAAACAAUGUGGACAAUGACAAAAUACAUAUUCACAGGUGUUCUUAUAGACUUAAUCAGAGUAUUUUAUUUACCAAUAAAUAUUCUAUAAAAUACGGCUUUUAUUUCACAAAUGAAAACGGAAUGACAGAAAUCUAAAUCCGUAUUGCACUAGGUAGAAAUUCGAGUGCGUACCAUGCCUUUGGAAGACUUUCAUAAGUAUUCAUGAUCCGGUAAAUAAAUAUUUCUAUGUUUAA